UUAAAUCUCUCGAAUGUGAUUGGACGGUUGCUUACACAAGCUCUUGUGUAAUGCAUUAGCAUUGAAGUUGUGUAAGGUGAGGGAUAUAUAACAGAAAUCACACAGUUUGCAAAGUACUCAGGUGAAGUGUCGUACUUCAAACACGGGGUCACAUGGAGAUGAGCAUGUGGUGGGCGUGUCUUCUUUGUUUAGGGCUGUUUGGUCAGACUCGAUCUCAACCCAUGUUCUCUGUCAAUACUGACACAGUUCUGCCGCCUCAUGCUCUUCACAACCCCACCCAGAGGAAUUAUGGGAUGGCAGUGACAGAUGUGGAUGGAGACGGAAGUCUGGAAGUGGUGGUGGCCGGGUAUAACGGCCCAAACUUGGUUCUGAAGUAUGACAGUACCCAGAAAAAACUGGUGAACAUUGCCAUAGACGAUCCCAGUUCUCCUUAUUACGGCCUGAGAGACCCACAGGGAAACGCCAUCGGAGUGACGGCCUGUGAUGUAGAUGGAGACGGAAGAGAGGAGAUCUACUUUCUCAACACCAACAACGCAUUCUCAGGUCAGGCAACGUACGCAGACAAACUCUUCAAAUAUCGUAAUGGCCGUUUUGAGGAUUUGCUCAGUGAUGAUGUUAACGUGCGCAGGGGCGUAGCCAAUCGCAUGGCCGGACGCUCUGUUGCUUGUAUCGACCGAAAGGGGACAGGUCGUUACUCGAUUUACGUAGCAAACUACGCCAGCGGGAACGUCGGACCACACGCACUGAUAGAAAUGGAUGAAGCCGCCAGUGAUGUCGAAAAGGGCGUCAUUGUACUCUCUGAUGUUGCGCCGCAAGCCAACGUCAACAAGUACACAGGUGGGCGUGGUGUAACUGUUGGUCCAAUCCUCAGCGAAACAAAGUCAGACAUUUUUUGCGACAAUGAAAAUGGACCAAACUUCCUGUUUCACAACAACGGCGAUGGAACGUUCAAAGACGUAGCUGCCGAUGCAGGAGUUGAAGAUAGAUAUCAGCACGGUAGAGGUGUGGCUCUGGCCGACUUUAAUGGCGAUGGGAAAACAGACAUUGUUUAUGGCAACUGGAACGGUCCACAUCGCCUUUACCUGCAGGACAGCCAGCAGAAAUUCAGGAAUAUCGCCACACCGGCCUUCUCCUCUCCCUCACCCGUUCGUACCGUUAUCGCUGCCGAUUUCGACAAUGACCUGCAGCUUGAGGUGUUCUUCAAUAACAUCGCUUACAGAGGACACGCCCCCAACAGAAUCUUCAGGGUGUCCAGGAAGCAGGAUUCUGACCCUGAGAUUACAGAGCUGGAUGUGGGUGAUGCGUCUGAACCUCAGGGGCGGGGCACAGGUGCCACAGUAACAGACUUUGAUGGCGACGGUCUGUUGGAUUUAUUGGUGGCUCAUGGUGAGAGCGCAUCACAGCCAAUCUCUGUUUUUAAAGUCAACCAGGGCUCCAAUAACAAAUGGCUGCGUGUGGUGCCCCGUACACGUUUUGGGGCAUACGCCCGCGGAGCAAAGGUGGUGAUGUACACCAAACAAAGCGGCACACAUACACGCAUAAUUGAUGGAGGGUCAGGUUACUUGUGUGAGAUGGAGCCCGUGGCUCACUUUGGAUUAGGAAGUGAUGAGGCAACUAGCAUUAAAGUCUAUUGGCCAGAUGGUCGUUCAGUGGUUCGUCCACUUGAGUCUGCGGAUAUAAACACGACCAUUGAGAUUUUAUACCCUCAAGAAGGGGAGGAGUCAGCGCUCACUCGUGAUGAACAGUGUGAAGCGGGAUUUACUGUGGACACAAAUGGCCGUUGUGUUGACAAGCUCUCCACGCAACCUGCUUCUCAUUUUGUGUGAAAUACAGGCAUGUGCAUGAAUAUAAAUGUCUGACAUAUAUGUAUUUAAAAUUUAAGAUAACAAGAAUGUCUGGAGUAAUUUGUUUAGAAAAUAUUGGCGAUAUGACACUGAAAUUAUUUGGUAGCAAAUUAGUUAAAGGGGACAUAUUAUGAGAUUUUUUUGAAGAUGUAAAAUAUUAAAAUGCAAAUGAGCUGAUGAAAUGCAAACACUGAUCGCCAUGAUGGUGGUUUGUUGAAACUCACAAUUGUGCUGUCAAUUAUUUUUUUCUCUUUCUCUCUGCAAAACACUCCCUAAUAUCAGAGGAAAGUCUGUAUAAAGUUUUAUAUUAAAGUUUUUUUUCUGUUUGUCGCACCACAGAAAAAUUUGUUUAAAAAAUAUUUAUUAACCACCAGGCCAACUUUGAAUGAUUAAAAAAAUGGCAAGUAAAUAAUACCAGUUAUCAAAAUCUUUGAAAAACAGGCAGGAUUCUAUGCUUUCAAAUGCUAGGGGGGUGUCCGCUUUUUGCGCUGAAGCCACACCCACUCGCAGGAAUGCUGGGUUGUGGCUAAUAGGGAUACAGCUACGGCCAUGUCGCCGGAUAAGCGCUGUUUUUAUCCUAAUGCUAACCCUAAAUCCCAUUUAGGUUAAACCCAACAUUUCACAGGAUUUACCCAAUAGCUGUUUCCUAUCUAGUCAGAACCGAAAAGGUGUCAUUCCUUUUAACUUUCAGAUGCUUGCGAUUGUGUUAGGGGCGGGGCCAUGCUCGGUGGCUCCAGUGCAUCAUCGAGCCACCGUUUUAGCCCCGCCCCAAUGUGGAAGGCACACAAAAAUGUGAAAAAACUGUUUAACGUUCUAACUCCACAAUUCAGUACUACAUCGUUCACAUACUUUGUAAUGUUUUUC